AUGAGCGGACAGAACCGUCUUAACAUGCCUCCACCACCUUUGAGACAGAUUGACUUGGAUCAGAUAUGGGGCGACUUAAGGGAAGGAAUCGAACAAGUAUACAAACGACAACAGAUGUCAAAAUUGAGAUACAUGGACUUAUAUACUCAUGUAUAUAACUAUUGUACAUCAGUUCAUCAGCAGAGUGGUUCCAGUGGGAAGACAAGCUAUACAAGUCGGCCAAGUGGAACUGUGCCCAAAAAACAGAACCAAGUGGCGGGAGGUGCGCAACUAGUCGGUUUGGAGCUGUACAAGAGGCUACGGGAGUUUCUGAGGAUGUAUCUCGUCAAUUUAUUGAAGAAUGGCUCCGAUCUGAUGGGCGAAGAUGUGUUGGCGUUCUAUACAAAACAGUGGGAGGAGUAUCAGUUCUCAUCGCGAGUGUUGAACGGCGUUUGCGCUUACCUCAACAGGCAUUGGGUCAAACGGGAGUGUGAGGAGGGGAGGAAGGGUAUAUACGAAAUAUACCAACUGGCUUUAGUGACGUGGCGCGACAACCUUUUCAAGUGCCUCAACAAGCAGGUGACGAACGCUGUUCUGAAAUUGAUAGAACGUGAGCGGAAUGGAGAGACGAUCAACACUAGACUUGUUUCUGGCGUAAUAAACUGUUACGUGGCACUCGGUCUAAAUGAAGAAGAGCCGGCGGCUCGAGGCCAGAACCUGGUGGUCUACAAGGAGACCUUCGAAGUCAUCUUCCUCGAGGAUACGGAGAGGUUCUACACGCGCGAAAGUACGGAUUUCUUAAGGAAUAACCCCGUCACGGAGUAUAUGAUCAAGGCUGAACAAAGACUCCAAGAGGAACAGCGUCGCGUGCAAGUGUAUCUCCACGAGACCACGAUGGACAGAUUGGCCAAGACCUGCGAUCGUGUGCUUAUCGAGAAACAUUUAGAGAUAUUCCACUCUGAGUUCCAGAAACUGCUGGACGCCGACAAGAACUCCCACCUGGGCCGUAUGUACAAUCUGGUGGCGCGUAUUCCCGACGGCCUGGUCGAGCUGCGACGCCUUCUAGAACAGCACAUACACGCCCAGGGGCUGCAAGCCAUCGACAAGUGCGGGGAGACAGCGCAUACGGAUCCAAAGAUAUAUGUAUCGACAAUACUGGAAGUCCACAAAAAGUACAAUGCUUUAGUACUGGUUGCAUUCAACAAUGACUCUGGCUUCGUAGCUGCACUCGACAAGGCUUGUGGACGGUUUAUUAACAGUAAUUCAGUGACGAAAGCCGCCAACUCAUCAUCCAAGAGCCCGGAACUGUUAGCCAAAUACUGUGACCUGCUGCUGAAGAAAUCCAGCAAGAACCCCGAAGAAGCCGAACUUGAAGAUACUCUCAAUCAAGUGAUGGUUGUAUUCAAAUACAUCGAAGACAAGGACGUAUUCCAGAAAUUCUACAGCAAAAUGUUGGCGAAACGACUUGUACAACACAUGUCUGCUAGCGAUGACGCCGAGGCCUCGAUGAUCUCGAAGUUGAAGCAAGCGUGUGGUUUCGAAUACACGAGCAAAUUACAAAGGAUGUUCCAGGACAUUGGCGUGUCUAAAGACCUAAACGAGAACUUCCGCAAGCACAUAGCGAACAGCAGCGAGAUUCCUCUGCAUAUCGAUUUCAGUAUCCAGGUGUUGUCUUCUGGAUCCUGGCCUUUCCAACAGUCCACCUCCUUCCAGCUGCCAACCGAGUUGGAGCGUUCCGUUCACCGUUUCACGACAUUCUACUCAUCGCAACACUCUGGCCGCAAACUCAACUGGCUCUAUAACAUGAGCAAGGGCGAGCUUGUCACCAAUUGCUUCAAAAACAGAUACACGUUACAAGCGAGUACCUUCCAAAUGGCGGUGCUACUUCAGUACAACGACAACACAGCGUGGACUGUGAAACAGCUCGAACACCACACUGGCAUCAAGGGAGACUUCUUGAUACAAGUGUUACAAAUCCUGCUGAAGGCGAAACUGCUGGUCUGUCAGGAUGAUGAAGCUGAGCUGAGUGAGUCAUCGGUCGUGGAACUUUAUUUAGGUUAUAAAAAUAAAAAACUUCGCGUGAACAUAAACAUCCCCCUGAAGACAGAGCUGAAGGUGGAACAGGAAGCGACGCACAAACACAUUGAGGAAGACCGCAAGAUGCUUAUACAGGCGGCGAUCGUGCGUAUAAUGAAGACCCGCAAAAAGCUGAAACACCAGCAUUUGGUUGUGGAAGUGCUCAACCAAUUAUCGUCAAGAUUCAAGCCGCGCGUGCCUGUUAUUAAGAAAUGUAUUGACAUCCUGAUAGAGAAGGAAUACUUGGAACGCACGGAAGGAGAGAAGGACACGUACAGCUAUCUUGCGUGA